AUAGUUUCCUGGUGCCAUGUGGAACAAUAGCAGAGUUCAUCUGUACUCACUUGUAACCACAAAUUGGCACCAAAUAUAAAUGCGUAUUUUACGCAUUACGCACGAUCCAGCCUGCAGUGUAUCUGAACAUCCCUCUCCCUCUGAAAGUUCACUCUUCAGACUCCUCUGUUGGACUUUGAAACUUACAGCAGUGCAGACGUGUUGCAGCAACAUAGCAUAGUUGUUUUAUCACCGAUCAAAAGGCAACGUGUGACACUCCUCUUAAUGAUCUCUUUCCCUCUGUGGCAGCGGAGAAGACACUGGCUUCUAACAGGGAAUAUUUCUAUCAGGAUAUUUAAUUGUUCUUAUAAAGAGGUCAAACAAGAAGCUUUCAACAAUGAGGCCGCUAGUGGAAGUCUCCGUGUUCCUCAUUUCUCUCCUGGCUCCUGGGGUUUUGUACACCAUGAACAACAUCCCUGCGCUGCAGGAACCUCUUCCUAUCCUGGGAAUGGGAAUGGUCGUCCUGGGAUUUAUUCUUCUUCUCCUCCUCCUCACCGUGCGCAAUAAGACAAAAGUGGACCCCUUAUUCUACGUAUUUGCAGAGUUUUCCUUCACCUGCAUGGUCGGCCUGACUAAUGCUUUAGAGCAGGAUGGGUUCAUCUCUGGCUUCAUGGGCUUCUACCUAAAGAUGGGUGAGCCUCAUCUGAGUACCGCUUAUGCUGUGAUGAUGUCUUACUGGGAAGGUGUGGUUCACUUCUCCCUCUUCCUCAUUAUCAUCCACCGUAUGUUCAAAGGGAAAUCCUAUCGUAGCCUGGGGCUGCUGUGGGCGGGCUCCUCAAUCGCCCAUCAGAUUGUUCUCAUCCCAGGGGUAGUCAUUGGUAAAUAUGGGUCUAACAUUCGACCAGCGUUUUGGAGGAAUGUUCCCUUCUUUCUAGUGCCUUUCUGGGCGGCGUACCUGCUCUUCAGCAGACCCAGAGAGAUGCCAAUCGUCACAGCAGACAAGAUUUCAGUGGAGCAGAAGAAGAGUCUGCUGUCUCGACCUGCUGACUUGCUUCUGUCACUUCUGAUACUCGCAGCGAUGGCCUUCUCUGUUUUCAGAGGCUUUGUGGUGCUGGACUGUCCUCUAGACACCUGUUUCACCUACAUCUACCAGUACGAGCCUUACCUCAAAGACCCAGUUGGCUUUCCUAGGGUUAUGAUGCUGGUGUAUUUGUUCUAUGCUCUGCCUCUGCUGACUGUCUUCAUCUACGGUCUUAAAACACCUGGAUGCAGCUGGAUGUUGGACUGGACCAUCUUCUUUGCUGCAGCUAUGGCUCAGAGCCAGUGGUGCCAUAUCGGAGCAUCUCUGCACUCUCGCACUCCCUUCACGUACAGAGUCCCAGCAGACAAGUGGUUGCCUGUUAUCACUCUCAAUGUGUUCCUUGCUGCUGUGCCGACUCUGCUGGCCCUACGCUGCCUCACCGAUCCUGCUUAUUUUAUGAAACCUGUUCCCAAGGGACAGACAAACAAGGAGAAGAAGAAAAACUAGACCACACACACAACACCAGCCAUAGACCGUCGAGGAAUACUUCACUCUGUGACAAGGCUAAUGUUUUCUGGGGACUCUCGAUGGUGGCACAAACUGCAUUAAACACACAAUUUUUCAACCCAGAGGAAAUCUGAAGUCGCUGCUCUCUGAGUCAACUGUUGAAAAUCAGUCACUUUGUGCAGCAGCAGCACUCCUUGCAUGGACUAUUGGACUCUGAAAAGAAGGCUGUUGAUCAAGGAGAGGACUGUGAUCAGCUUGUGCAGCUUUCAGGUGACUCAUGCAGAUACCCAGUUGGUAUCUUCCAAACUAAGACUAUUAACUUGGAUCAUACACACUGGCAACACUCUACUGGAGAGUGACCGUCAUCAUUAUACAUCUUUUCUAUGCAGUAAUCCUCACCAAAACUCCACAGCUUGAAGCUUAUUUUUGCAGAUCUAAAACUGUCAGUCAUUCAAAACAGCUUUCAUUGUUUAAGAACUGUGAAUAUAAGGAGUGUUCAUAAAUGAACUGAACGUCUGGAAGACUAAGAUAGUAGUGGCUGUUACACAAGCAGAGAAUUUGAUAAAGGAGGGAAAAGUCCACUUCCAUUGUGUAACAUUUGUUGGGAUUUAUACUUUCCUAAAGCCCACGGUGACAUCUUCAAAUUGUUUUUGUACAACCAACAAUUUAAAUCUUAAGAUACUCAGUUCUCAUACAUAUAAAACAGAGAAACCCUUCACACUGAAGACGCUGAAAUCAGAAGUGAUUUGGUGCAUUUGCUUAAUAAAUUACUCCCAAAGAUUAAUUGGUCAUCAAAAUAGUUCUUACCAUCGACUAACUGAUCAAUUGAUGUACCACUUCAUUGUUGUGUCUCCAUUGUCGUUUCAUGUUUUUGUACAAUAAAAACAAACCAUGCACUGAAUUUGGCUUGUUUUUGUAUA